AUGGCUGCAACAAAAGAUGCAGUGGAUUACGAUAGCAACGAGGAUGAGCUUGAUGGCGACACAAAUAGCAGUGAAGAAGAAGACCUAAAUCGUGGUUACCCGGCCUCGCUUGGCCAACGAAGGCUCACUAUUGACAAAGCCACUAAUUCAACGCCUAUGGCAACGACUGCGAUGCUGGAGCGAUCCAAGUACAUCCCUGUGCGAUUGACUUACGAAGAGCGCAAGCUACUGCGAGCUUUGGAGGCCGCUUUGUGCGUCAGUAGCUACACAGACAAGCUAGACACACCUCAAUUUUUACCACCAGGUAAACGGGUGCGUGCUCAAUUACAAGACGUAUGCGGUUUUCUGUCGGCGUUAGCAGUUGCGUCGGAUUAUAAGGUUGGACAAGAAAUUUUGGACGAGAAGAACUUUGCCGAAAGCGCUCCGUUCUUUCAAGGGAUUAUUGAGCUAGGCAGACGAUACAAGAUUAUGAAUCCUGAGAAAAUGCGUGGUGAAUACGGUAAACUCAUGUAUUUGCUACAGGAUGCAGUGAGUCCAGAGCUUCAGGAACUGCUCGGCUUUUCAUGUCUUCAAAAAAUCCGUACUGUAUACGAUGUGCUGGAAACUGGGGAUGCACUGGGCAUGUUGCAAGAUGCCCGUAUCGUGGCUGCUACGAUGGUCGUUGCACCUGAAGGUAAGACUCGUCAUCAAAUUCAACGCCAGAUCAAGCAGAAAGAGCAAGCAAUUCGUGCUUUGAGCGACAAGUACGAAAGCCGACGAAUCUCCCGCGACUCGCUUCAGCAGUGUCUUUACUCGAUCGCUGAUAACAACUACCAUUUGUACUUUGAACGAGACCCAAUCGACCAAAUGAUCAAGUUGCUGACCGCGAACUUUAAUCCAGACGAUGAGACGGAAGAUGGUUCAUUGACUAUCGUCAGUGGAAAUGAUGGUGCUCGGUUGUCCCAUUCACAUAAUCGACAAUACAAUUAUGUUCUCCAAUCGCUCACACUUUGGCGCGAAAUUGCUCACGACAUGUUUCGCCUUUGGUAUCUGACUGACGAGGAUUUACUCGCCGACGGUACGCGAUACGAGCUCAUUGAUACCGGUCAGGGUCUUCAUCGCAUCCAGCCAGCACCACGUGUGUCGCGCGCAAUGCACGUCAUUUUGCACUCCACACAGCGGAGCCUUUGUUCAUGGUACACACAGGUGGGACACAUCCUGCGUCCAAUCGUCAAGACUAUAAACAGCAUUGAGUCACUUUGUCAGUCAUCUGAGGCCAUCCAAGGAUACAUUAAUGCUACGUUUGGCGGGCCUCUCAAGCUUCAACGUACAAUUUUAGCCGAUUUCUUUCGUGAGGCAUUCGAUGGCAGUGGGGCUGACAAUUUCUUUGAAGCUGGAUCGUGCAUUGAUGGCCGCCUAACGAGUGCUUGGAACUGGUGCUCGAAUUUGCACAAGAAAUCAUUCUUUCCCAUUUUCAAAAUUACGGGCUUUGUCGGCUUUGACGGCAAGUUUGGGUAA